CUCUCGGCACCCGGUUUCCGGGACGGAACUAACCAGCUUGACCGCUAGUGGCAAGCCCCCAGGCCUCCCGUCCUGGAAGUGGCGGAGCCGGAGUUAAAGUCUGGACCUGCCUGGAAGUCUCAAAGACUGUUCUUUUGGAUUUUGUUUGUGUUAAGGCCGGGUGUCACUCUGUAGAGCAGACUGGUCUGGAACUCGGGAGAUCCGCCUGCCUCUCCCUCCUGAGUGCUGGGAUUAAAAGCGUGCGUCUUGGCCAGUGAGCAGCCAGCCAAUGUGGAACAAUGGCACUGAGCCACUCCGUGAAGGAGCGAACCAUCUCUGAGAACAGUCUGGUCAUCCUGUUGCAGGGCCUCCAGGGCCAGAUAACCACCGUGGACCUUCGAGAUGAGAGUUCAGCCCGAGGACGCAUUGACAAUGUGGAUGCUUUUAUGAACAUCCGCCUGGCCAAUGUCACCUAUACUGACCGCUGGGGACAUCAGGUUGAGCUGGAUGACCUCUUUGUGACAGGUCGUAAUGUCCGAUACGUCCAUAUCCCAGAUGACGUGGACAUCACUGCCACCAUUGAGCAGCAGCUGCAAAUCAUCCAUCGUGUGCGCAACUUUGGUGGCAAGGGUCAAGGUCGACGAGAGUUCCCCUCCAAAAGGCUGUGAAGCUGUGUCCUCACUGAACCCCCAGUACCAACCUCAGGGUCCUCCAGUGUUCUGAGCCAACUCCUGCCACCCUUCCCUACCAGUGAUCUGGUGUCUUGAGCAACACCUGUCACAGCUGCCUUUCAUAGGGUUCCACUUUCCAGACACACUCUGGGACCCAGAAUUCUUUCUGUCUGUGGCCUUGGGGUAGGUGACAAUCCCUCUAUUUGAUCAUUUCCAUCUGGAAUCUCCAUUUAUGGACUGACCACGUCUAUCAAGGAGUAAUCGAUUCUGCCAGUGAGGAUUAUUGUGUUUGGAGUGAAUCACCUCUAACUCUCCACUUCUCUUGGCGUUUGUUUCUUUUUUCAUAAAACCCAAUUGGAUACACACAA